AUGACGGCACGCUAUGCAGACGUUCACAAGAACCCCCAGGGCCCAGGGGAUGCUCGCCCAACGGCCAUGCAGAUCAUCCGCGACGAGGGCCUGGAGGGCCAACUGACCGGCUCGUCGAUCCUGAUCACCGGCGCGUCCGCAGGCAUCGGUGUCGAGACAGCCAAAGCGCUCUUCACCACCGGCGCAACCCUCUACCUGACGGCCCGGGAUCUGAACAAGGCAAAGCACGCUCUCGGCGACAUGGCUUCCUCUCCGCGCGUGCACCUGCUGGAAUUGGACCUCGAAUCUCUAGCCAGCGUGCGCGCCUGCGCCGCCGAGCUCCUCUCCCACACCAAAACCCUCAACAUCUUCAUCGCCAACGCCGGCGUCAUGGCAACCCCGGAAGGGCGCACCAAGGACGGGUUCGAGACCCAGUUCGGGACCAACUACCUGAGCCAUUUCCUGCUUUUCCUCCUCCUGCGGCCCGCGCUUUUGGCAGCGGCUAAUUCCCGCGUGAUCUUCCUCGCCUCCAUCGCCCACCGGUACUCGGAGGUGGUAUUUGACAACCUCACCCUCGACGGCGAGUACGACAAGUGGAAGGCGUACGGACAGAGCAAGUGCGCGCUGCUGUGGGCGGCAAAUGAGAUCGACCGCCGCUACGCCUCCCAGGGUCUGCGUGCCUUUAGUGUCCAGCCCGGUGGCAUUCGGACCGCACUGCUGCAGCACAUGUCCGAGGAAGAGAAGAGCGGGCUCACCGACGAUCCAACCCUGGGGCCACAGUUGAAGAGUCCAGAGCAGGGUGCUGCCACUUCUGUUUGGGGGGCUGUCUCCAGAUCCCUCAAGGGAAUGGGCGGGAAGUACCUCGAGAAUUUGCAGAUUGCCAAGGUGUAUGACCCGAGCGAGGGGCACUGGGCACCUGGCUAUGCCUCGUAUGCGUACAGCCCGGAGAAGGAAAAGAAGCUAUGGGAAGUGUCGCUGAAGUUAGUUGGUAUGAACGAGUGA